AUGAAAAAUGAAGAAGUCGAUAUUUUUGGGUAAAAAAAUUAUAGAAAAUAAAACUUUUUUGACAAAUAUGUAAAAUAAAUAAGCAGAAAAUAUAUAGAAAGAGCUUUAUCCUUAAAUAAAUUAAAUAGAGCUAUAUUUCAGGUAGAGAAAUCAAUGGUUUUCGAGUCAUAAAACCUAUAGGCCAAGGGAAGUUUUCCAUAGUUUACAAAGCAGAACGAAUCUCUGACAAUACUCCAGUUGCUCUCAAAAUGAUCAAAGUAAUCUUAAAUUAGAUUUUUGAUAUGAUGGACCCUGCGCAGCGUGACAAAUGUCUUAAAGAAGUGAGACUUUUAGAAUCACUUGACCAUACAAAUAUAAUCGUGAAUAGUUAAUUAUACUUAUAAGAGAAGCUUACUGUCAGGUAACUAAAGGCUUUUAUCCUUCCCAUAAGACUCUACAACCCACAUGUGGCCUUUGUGGAGUGAGGUUUCAUCGACUACCCAGAAGUUAGUGUGUGUUGUCAUACUGUAAGCCUACAGGUUGUCUUCUAUAGGAAAUUUAAAAGACUGAAUUUUCGGGUUAGCCUUGAGCAAAAAUGGAAACUCGAAGCCCAGGACGCAAUGCUUGGUAUCGCGCUAUAUAUCUAUCCCGAUUGGUUAGAAGCAUCUUCUAUCUCUGCUGUAGAAUACUUCCUGCUCGUGCCCCCAUUUCCCACAAGAGGAAAAACCUUCCUAUAUUUAACUUUAACUGAUGAAUUAGCCAUUCCAUCUAUGCCUUUAAAGCCUAGCCUGAUACACAACUCAUACGCCUCCUCUCAUUCUCGAGAUCUCUGGCUCAUCUGCAGAAGCUAAGAGGUCUGGCCUAUUUAUCUCGCCAUUUUUAUUUAUAUAUUAAAUGCAAUCAAAUACCUAGACUCCUUUAUUGCAGAUAAUGAACUACUCAUUGCAAUUGAAUGAGCAGAAAAGGGAGAUUUAAAAAGAAUUAUCAAAAGAGCACAGAUUGAAGAGUCUUCUAUUGAGGAAAGCAAAAUUUGAGAGUAUAUGUACCAAAUGAAUCUAAAUAUAUUUACAGAAAAACUGUUUUAAAGAAAAUAAUAAAGCAAUUAAUAAUAAAAAAUUGUUCAAGAUACCAAAUAGCAUCUGCAUUAAAGCAUAUGCACGACAAAAGGAUCAUGCAUCGAGAUCUCAAACCGGCAAAUAUUUUCAUUUCUGCUGAUAAUUCAUUAAAGUUGGGAGAUUUAGGGCUAGGAAGAUAUUUAUCAAGCCAAACAAUCGAAGCCUUUUCUAGGGUUGGAACGCCACUUUAUAUGUCCCCAGAAGUUCUUAACUCCCCUUGCUACAUAACAAAAUAUUUCUACUCGCUAAUGGAAAGAUUUUAAUAAAAAUUCUAUAUAAAAAAUUAUUUCAGACUUUAUACGAUUAUGCUUUAAGAUGCCUUACUGUCUAUCUCCAUUAUAAUUAUCAUUAAUUAUAUAUUAUGCCUUGUAAAUAUUUCAAACCAGUAAACUCGUCUACUAGCCACCACCAGUUUGUUAUUUAGCAUUGGAUAGCAAACUGUUUUUGACAGCAAGACAAGUUUACUGGUAUUUACAAGUAAAAAUUACUAUUUUUUUUUAAAAUGUUUAUAUAAAAAAUCUGACUCGCUAACAAAGGGGAUUGAUAUUAGCCAAGGGAGGAUAAGGGAAAUGGCUAUGAUUGAAAAUCUGAUGUAUGAAGCUUAGGGUGCGUAGUAUAUGAGCUAGCCUGCUUGCGAUCACCUUUUAAACAAGAAGACCAAAAAAUGAGCUUAUACGACCUUUUUAAUACCAUAAACAAAGGAGAGUUCCCACCUCUCCCAGAUCGAUAUAGCGAAGAGCUUCGUCAGCUCGUUAAUUCAAUGAUACAAAUUGACCCAAAAAAUAGGCUUUCUAUUGACCAAAUAGUAGAACUCUGUGAAAUACACACAAAAACUGCUCCAAAGAGAUCGAAAAUUGACCCAUUUUUAGUAAUGGACGAUAUUUAUGAAAAAUUAAAACUCUUAGACUAUGAAAAUAAUUUUUGUAAACUCUAUAAGAGGCACCCAGUGUCAAGGGUUUAUUUUUGUCAUCCAAUAGAUUCAAAAACUCAGCUAUCUUACUGCUAUGAUCUUGCUAACUGAUUAAUGUCCUUCAGCAAAGGAAAACGCAAAGGACAGCCAAAUUCUCCUCUGGGCGCUGUAUUAGACUUCGAUUCUUUUGCUGACUCAAAUGAAGUUGCAAAGCAAAUUCUUUCAGACGUGAGAUCUUUUGGUGCUAAAGUGCUAGAAAAUAUCACUUUUCAAUCAAUCUCCCAAGGAUAUGGAGAAAAUGUAUGCUAUAUAAUCAAUGAAUUAUUAAAUAAAGAACUAAUUCGAAGAGACUUCAAAUUUUUAACUCCUACAAUAAAUGGUCAAGAAAUCUUACUUAAGUUUUUUUUAUAUUAAAAAAUAAAUUUUCCCCCUUGAAAAGGAAAAAUUUCUGAAAAAGGCUUUUUUGAUGCAAAAAGUAUCGACCAGAAAUCUACAUGCUUGAGUCUUAUAAUUCAGAAGAAAACUUUGAAGAAAUUGAUGCAGAGCUGACUGAAGACUAUAUUAUGAAAUAUACUGAAAUUGAAGAUGAGGAACCGGAGAGGACGGAAUCCACUAAUAUUUCUGAUAAUGUCAUUAAAGAGGAUGAAAUCGGGAUGGGGAUUGUAGAGUCUUCUGUUUCUCCUGAAGAAUGAAUAGCAGAGGUCAAUAGAAUUGAAAAAUUCUUAGUUUUAGCAGAAGAAGAUAUAGCUUUAUAUGAUGAAGAUUGGCAGAGCAGAAUACAGCAAUUUAUUGAGUCACUAAAAAAUGUCCAGAAGUUUGUAACUCAAGGAAAUCUAAAUUUCCUAGAAAAAAUGACAGAUAGACUAGCUGAUGAAAACGGACGAAUAAAAAUAGGCGAAGCUAAUUUACAGAAAUUUUGCAGGAACGAUAUAGACGAACUUAAAUUGCUGAUGCAGAAAAAAAGAGAUAUGGUUGGAAAAUUAAAUCAAAUGAGAAAUAAAGUAUCGCAGCAAUGCGAGGAAUUUGAAGUUGUAAAAGAAUAUAAUUAAAUAUGGCGUCUCAGCUUAGGCAUGGCCUUCCGACCAUGCAACCUUCGAGUACAUAUUUAAUUAUAUCGGCAAGGUUUACCAAGCUGAAAAUAGGCAGCUAUACUAGGUAAGCAAUUCCUGUUGUGUUAGAAGCCUCGCUCUUGCCCAUUUUCUGGUUUUGCAUCGAAGACAAAGGAGACUUGGAAGUUGGGAAGGGGUGGCCCAACAAGGUCCUUAGGAUCUAUCGGCACUUCUCCACCGUGAACAACCUGGGCUACAAGUUUUCCUUUUUCCCAGAAAAUCUAUUUAUGAAUUUUUGUGCAGCCUGAACAAGGCUCUGGGAACCCAUAGUCUGCCCACUCAAAACUGGAGCUUUCGCGUUGUAGCAAGGAGAAGGUGACUGCCAGGCAACCCGCCUUUCCGGCGAUCAGAAGUAGGCGUUACCGCGAAGUGGAUAAAUCCCCUGGCGGGAUCAUCGGUAACCGAAUUAACAAAGUGAACCCUAACCACCUAAUUAAGUAAGUAAGUAAAUAAGAGAAGUUGUAAAAGAAAAAGAAGAUACCAUUAAUAAAGCAAUUGAAAGCCAAAUCACUAGUUUAAAGAAUACAAAUCCAUUAGAAGGCAUAAAAGCUGCAUUAGCAAAUUUAAAAGAACAAGUCAAAAUGAUGACUUAUGAGACCGCGCUUUCCAGGUUCCAGCUAGAUCAAUUUGCCUCUAAAGGCUAA